AUGGAAGAAGAUAAUAAAAUGAUAACCUUGACAUCUUCAACAUCGUUCAUAGCGGAAAUAAUGUUGAUUCUUAUGGGUUUAAGUGGUAUUUCAGUAGUUGGUGUUAAUAUAGGUUAUUUUCAUUCUUUAUCUCUUCUUGUUGUCACUCUUGGCUUGUUAAUUGGUAUAUUAGCAACUAUUAUUUGUAUUAUUGGCAUUUAUGUUCUUUUAUAUCAUGAUUAUUUUCGUUUAAAAUUAUUUUUAAAAUUUUUGGCUCUUUUUAUUGGUCUUCAAUUAUGUUUUAUUAUUCAUUUAUAUUUUUUUACCAAUCAUGAUCAUACUAAUGAACAACAAGGUUCAUUUAUUGCAUUAGAUGUUUGUUGUGGAUUGAGUGCAAGUACAUUAAUUGCUGUUGGUUUUCAUUUAAAACAAAAAGGAUCAACUAUUGAAAUGUUUAAAUUAUAA